AAAAUUAAAAUUUCUAAGACCUUUCUUUUUCUUCUCAUACAUUAUAAAAAAUCAAUGGUAAGACUUGCCAUUUCAGGCAUCAGGCACCAUUGCAAAACCUGGGGCUGCCCACAACCAUCAAACACGCCGGAUGGUAAAACCACGAGCACAAUUAUAAUGACAAUUAUACCCACUGUUAACAAUUCAAUGAACACUACCAAUGGUUCACUGCACCAUUAACAAGGAUAAUUUUGUCAUUUCGAAUUACCCUUGCCAGAGACACGACAAUGUCUGAAAAAGCUUCUAUAUAAAAGCCGCGCCCUCAAAUGGGCGUCGCAAAGUCGGUUAGUCCUUCAACGGUUCCGUUUUCCUCAUCCCCGUAGAAAAUUUGUUCAAGUUUUUGAAUCUCCGUUUUAUCCAAAAUUCGGAUUUAGGGGUUUUGUUUUCAUUGGAUUGAUCUCUGGGGUUUUGAGCUGAAUGCUUUUGUUCUUGUUUUAAUUCAAGAAUGGCGAAAGUGAGACAUUCUAGACUACAAGCGAAGAAAUGGUCGACAGUAACGCUUGUGUUAUCGAUGUUGUUUAUGUUAACGGUCGUUUUAUUGAUGCUUUUGGGACUAGGGAUUUUCUCUCUCCCAAUAAACAGCGAUGAUUCUCCUCCCAAUGAUCCCCCUUCCUAUACACGCAUGGCUUUUGAAAGAGGAAAAGGUUUUGGGAAGAGGGGGGAGCGGUCGACUGAAGUCCUUUCUUGGGAGCCUAGAGCUUUCAUUUAUCAUAACUUCUUGUCCAAGGAAGAAUGCGAGUACCUAAUAAAUCUUGCUAAACCUCACAUGGCAAAGUCCACUGUUGUUGAUAGCAAAACAGGGAAAAGUAAAGAUAGCAGGGUGCGUUCAAGCUCGGGUAUGUUUCUGAGAAGAGGGCAAGAUAAAAGAAUUAGGGACAUAGAAAAAGGGAUAGCGGACUACCCUUUCAUUCCUGUAGAGCAUGGAGAAGGUCUUCAAGUUCUCCACUAUGAAGUUGGACAGAAAUAUGAUGCACACUUUGAUUACUUCCUUGAUGAGUUCAACACUAAAAAUGGAGGCCAGCGGAUGGCUACUAUGCUUAUGUAUUUGUCAGAUGUUGAAGAAGGGGGUGAGACAAUAUUUCCUGCAGCCAAGGUAAAUGUUAGUGCUGUACCUUGGUGGAAUGAAUUGUCUGAAUGUGGUAAACAGGGUCUUGCUGUGAAGCCUAAGAUGGGUGAUGCAUUGCUGUUCUGGAGCAUGAGACCUGAUGUCACACUAGAUCCUUCAAGUUUGCAUGGUGGAUGCCCUGUGAUUAUGGGGAACAAAUGGUCCUCUACGAAGUGGAUGCAUGUUGAAGAAUACAAGGUGUAAGCUGCUCUAUAGAGGAUACCAAGGUACAUGUCAUAAUGGUCCAGUACUGGGAGAGUGUGAUUCAUGUAACCUUUUAAACUCAG